AUCAUAACCACUGUUGAACAAGGUCGAUUGUGCGCAUAUCCUCAAGAUCUCAGAGAAUCAUUUACCAGUUAUUUUGAUGUCCAUUGCCCCGCAGCCAGGGAAAGGCUGUUUGGGUUGCAGAGGAACGUGCAAAGGGUUUGAGCCACAUCCAUGGAGGAAGAUAUGUAAGUUGUGUAAGUGUAGCCAGGGAGAUCACAGCCUGUGCUCCGAUACAGAGGAUGAUCGGAAAAUUGGCCGCCUCUUGACAGACUCCAAAUAUUCCAACCUGACUGCCCGGCUCAAGGGAGGAGAUGGCGUCCGCAUCUAUAAGAGGAACCGGAUGAUCAUCACCAACCCUAUCGUGACCAGGAAAGACCCAACCUUUGACACUGUCACUUAUGAAUGGGCUCCACCAGGAUUGACCCAAAAAUUGGCUAUCCACUAUAUGGAAUUCAUUCCGAAGGAGAUACAGCCAAUCUCUGGCACGGAAGGAGCCUACAAUCGCCGUAGGCAACUGAUGCGACAGCUGCCGAUUUAUGAUCAGGACCCGUUUCAGUGCCAUGCUCUGUCGGAGACGGAGGUGAAGCAAAUGGAGGAGUUCAUCAGGAAGUACAAGAGUGAUGUCCUGGGUGUGGGGGAGGUGGCUCUCCCUGGGCAGGCGGGCCCCGCGGCUAAAGAGGAGGCCAAACAGCAGCACAAACCCACGGGAUCCCUUACCAACGGCAAGACCACCGUGAAGGACAAACCACAGGAAGCCUCCGCUGCGCCCAACGGCAUGCCUGCCGACCCCCACCAGCAGGAGGAUUACCACUGCGAGCAUUGCAAGCAAGCGGUUGGCAUCGACGCUCCCGCAGUGUAUGGGGAAAGGAUUGGGUACGACAGGCUCUGGCACCCGGCCUGCUUCGUGUGCUCCAGGUGCCAGGAGCCGUUGGUCGAUCUCAUCUACUUCUGGAAGAACGACAGCCUUCUGUGCGGCCGUCACUACUGUGAGAGCGAGCGGCCUCGCUGCGCUGCCUGUGACGAGUUAAUUUUCUCGGAAGAUUUGAUGCAAAGCGAUGGACUGAGCUGGCAUAAAAAGCAUUUCUGCUGCCUGGAGUGUGAGCAGCCACUGGCGGGGAAGUCCUAUGUGCUGGAGCAGGACAAGUUACGGUGUGCUUCCUGCAACAAAACCACCAAGAACAUGUGAAGGCUGUACGCCAUUACUGGAGCAACAACCGUGCCCGUACUUUGCUUAUGUAGCGGUAUAGAUAUAUAUAUAUAUAUAAAUUAAGCGAAAAUAAUUCUGUUCAGCUAAAUCGCGUAGAAUAUGGAUUUACUGGCACCGGCACGUUUGAGAGAGAUUGGUUGCCAAGAGCGGACAAGUUAUUGAAACCAGACAAUGGUGGCUGAUGCGAUGGAACAGUCCUCACUUGUAAUAAGGUGCUGAGUUUUAGGUUCAGUGUAAUUUGCUGUGUGGAUCCCUCAGAUCACUGCUAUAAGAUACUAGAUACUAGUGGUAGGUGUUAUGUAUAAAUGGCGAGGUCCAGCCAGAGAGUUAUUGCUGGAUUGACUACAAUAAGCAUUUGAGGGACACUUGUAUGUGUUGAUUAGAUAGUGUGUGUUCUCCUUUAUUAUUAUUAUUAAAUCUGCAGUCUUUGAAAGAGGGGCAUUCAAGUAAGUUGGUGAUUGGCAUUCGUUUGCGCGUCUAGUAGUUUGGGGGCGAGAGGUGAGAUCAGAUCAGAUCAAUAGAUCGGUGCUUAGGGUUGAAUUGUAUUUUUUUUAAAUUCAAUUCGAGAUUCAAGAUCAACUCUUUAAAGAGCUGCCUUAUUACAGUGUGGAAGAUUAUACUAUUGUACUGUGGGAUACUUUGAUGUGUCUGUGCUUCGAAAUGUCCUGCAAUUUGCUAUGAUGAUUUUGUUGGGUGUCUUGUUGGCUUGGGGAAGGGGGGGUUGAGAAGCUUUUUUUAAAAUAAUGUCAAUAAUCAAUACGUUGAUCAUUUAUUUAUUGAUCAGAAACAUGUCAUGGACAGACUCCGCUUCGGGGCUUAUAACCAAAAACUGAAAACCAAUCGCACUUAUUGUUCUUUGUUCUAUUCUAACAACCUAUUAAGGAAUCGGGUUCAAACUGUUAAUUGCUUUGUUUUUUGAUUGACAGAUGUUUGCAGAUAUUUAGUCAUUUAAUAUGUUUCUGCAGUUUUACUGGAGUUUUAUUGCUUCAAUAAACCUGCAGAAACAUAUUAAAUAGUGAUGGUAUCUACAUUGGUAUGUUUGUAUUGUAAUGAAUAGGUCAGUAUUAAAUCCUUUAGUCUGAGGGGUUAUGGUGUGUUGUCAACACACAUGGUGAAUUUAUUGACAUCUUUACAUGACUGGUAGUUUGCCCUGGCUUCAAGCAGUAAAAUGUUGUGGAAUAAAUAGCAUAGCGUUUCUGCCUCUUUUAGAGACUCAAAAAUCAACCAACAAAAAGAACUUCGAAAACAAUUGCACUUAUGAAAAGGUGUGGACGUUCAGUGCUUUGAUGCUCAGUCUCCCUGCAGUGAAUUCCCCAGCUCUAGAUCUGAACAUCACAGCAGUGCAUUGAUUCGAUGUGGUCUGCAGUGUAAAGUAUGUGCCACCUGCAUAGUAUAAAAUAGCUUGGCUCAGUCCACAUGCUGUGUUUUACUGGAGAACCAGUGGUGAAACAGACUGUGCUUGAGUCAGCCAAACCAAAGUGGAUUCGAUGAAAAACACUAAGCUAUAAGUUACUGUGAUUAUCCUCAGUAUAAACAUACUCUCUACGUUGUAAGACAUAAAGAGUUUGAAACCUUAUUCAUGUGGACUGGCAAAAACAACAACAACAGCUUUCUGCUUUUCUCCUCUGAGUCACGAUAAUCAGGAAAUUCUGUUUGACGUGAAUAUUCCCAGGUUCUUCACGCUGGGAGUUUUAUUUUUUUAAAAACAACAGAGACGCAGUUGAUUUGACGUGAAUUGAACGGUGGAUUAAUUGAUGCAGAUGAAUGUUAAAGUUAAAGUUUCCUAAACUAGGAACCCGUUCAGACUCCCCUAAUCCAGCCAGCAGAUGUCCUCUAGUCUACUUCAAUAAACUCCUCUCACACAUUGAAGUCAUCAUCUACCCGACAUGCUAUGUAGAUGAAAGUUAGUGACACCCAGUGGCAUAUCAUCACUAGUGCAAAGCAGUGGUUUUGCAUCCUAUUGAUAGAGUGUCUGUCCACUGUAGUGAGGUUGGGUAAUUUCCAACGGCAAUGUCAAGCUGGCUUACGACCUGUCACUCAAGUUACAUAUUGGAAGGUGAUGAAUUCUGACAAAACAGGUUUAUCCCUGUCACUCGCUGUGUGAUGUGAACGCUAUUAGCAACACACAGCAUAUGACAGUGGAGUCCUGUACCUCAGUGGUUAGAGCACUCGCCUCACAAGCGAGUG